AUGAGCACACAACAACCCCUCCGCGAAUCCGAUCUCAUCUUCUCAUCCGCUUCAUCAGCACUGAAAGAUGCCCUCGGCGAACUCAAGCGCGCAAACUUGUCGAUCAAGAAUCGACUUCGAUCCAUCAAAGAAGACUCGGAAUUCGUGACCAAAGUCGCAGACGCUUUCGAUCUACCGUUGGUAGCCAACGAGAGAUGUGGCAGCUGGUAUAUACCGCCUGAUCGCAAGGCUGGGAGCGCGUACUUCAAGUCUACGGAUGGACAUUUUCAUCAAUGGGGGUUUAGUUUGAGGAGGUUGAAUUUGCAGGUGUUGGAUGCGUUGGGGAAACAUGGAGGAUGCGUUAUCGUCGACUCUACACGGCGAGGCAAGAGCAUGCCAGAUGCUUUGUCCAAAACUAUUCCGAUCUGGAUCACGGUUCUGAACCGUCUAAUCUUCCCAGACGAUGCUGAAUCUCAUGAUUUGAGGACGCCGUUGGAUGUGGUCUCUGAGUCUGAGCAUGUUCAGAUUGAGUCUCGUCUAGGUGAAUGUGUUGAAGCUGCUCGAGGACUCAAGUUGGACCUCCAGCGGCUUCGGGACAAGCUACAUAACAGGCGUAUCCAGGUGACCUGGCAACGUCCGGGAGACACUUUGCCGGAGAGACUUGACGGAGAUGUGUCAAAUCUGAUUGUACUCUGUACGGCUUCGAAUCAGACCAGCAACGAGACUUCCGCGACCUCAGAUUAUGUUCAAGGAGCAGCUGACGAUCCGGAGAGCUGGUCUCACGGGCUUGAUUCGUCUUGCUUCUGGAGCCAUCAGGAAGAAUUGCUGUCGACUGCGGAAGAUGGUUUGCCCAAUCUGAUCUCAAAACUGAUGGCCCAGGCGAAAUCGUCGUCUUCUGCGCGGUCGCCAGUGCUGAUAAAGCCAACGGGGAGUCUCUGGAUCGGCGAUAAUGCCUCAGCUGCGAGCCCGGGGCACGAUUUCGACAUUGUGAUCUCGUGCAGUACCAAGCCGGCCGCAUCGCAGUCAACCGCCUCGAAUCAUCAACACGUGCAUCUUGCAUGCUCCACGGGCAAGAUUGGAAGCCGUCAGCUUCGUACACAACUGCCAAAACUGGAGCAACUACGAUCAACACUUAGCCCUUCAAGUAAAGUCCUUCUGACUUGCGAGUCUGGCAAGGACCUGGCAGUCGGCACAGCACUAGCUAUACUUUGUCUAUACAUCGACGAGCAAGGAGCAUUGAACCUCCAAAGUCAUGGGGAAAGCGUCAAUAAGACGAUGAUCAAGCAGAGGCUUAGCUGGAUCAUGGUGUCCAUGCCAGAUGCAUCGCCUAGCAGAGCCACUUUGCAAAGUGUGAAUGCGUUUUUGAUGGGUUGA